UUUAGUGACACGAGAUCCCUUCCUAUAUGGAAGAAGAGAUCCAAAUGUUCCAAGGGAGCAUCGAUCGAUCACGGGCUGCAUAAUGUACAUGCUCCUAGGCUUGAUGCAGCAUAUGGGCGCACAGUGCAGUCGUGCACUUGCGCUGUGGAGUCAUAGAAGUUACCCAACGCCGACAAGUGCAGGGAGCCACCACCGCACCGGCACUGGGUCCUUACUCCGUAACCACGUCGCCGUCACGGCACGCCCACACACCCCCAACCCCGAUCAACUGCCCCCGGCCGAGCACCACGCACAACUGCUUAUAAACCCUUCGUCUUCAUCGUCCCCGCAUCACCACCGCCCCUCGCCUCUCGCCCCUUCCGUCCCCUUGCCGCCGGAGCGAGCAAUGGACCUCGACGACGACAUGGUGCCGUACUCCCCCUCCGGCGACUCCUCGCCAUCGUCCUCCGACCUCGACACCGAGUCGACGGGGUCUUUCUUCCCUGACCGGAGCACGACGCUGGGGACGCUGAUGGGCGUGUCGACGUUCGGCGGCGCCGGUGUCCAGCGGCGGCUGACUCGGGCGGCGCCGGGGCAGGAGAGCGAGAGGCCGACGCGUGCGGCAACGGAGGAGCGAGACGGGCGGCGCGCGGGCGGGUGGCGACGGAGGAGGCGGCGGCGGGGCGGGAGCUGGUGGCGGCUGUGCCGCGACGACGCCAGCGGGCCGCCGACGAGGCUGGGCGAGUUCCUGGACAUGGAGCGGCAGCACGCCGGCGCCGACUUCCUGUGCGGCGGCGGCGGCGGCGGCCCGCAGGAGCCGGAGGCGCCAUCGGUGGCGGCGACGCCGCUGUUCGAGGACGGGAGGGUGCGCCCGCCGCAGCCGCGCGCCGCGCCGCCGGAGGAGCGCGGGAGGUGGCGGCUGCAGCGGGCCGCGGAGGGCUCGUCCACGUCCUCGUCGCUGGCCAGGCUCCCGGUGCUGCUCACCGGCAUCUGCAGCGGCGGCGCGGGGUAGGCAGGGGCAGCACCCCGCAAUUAACACCCCUCCCGAGGGGCGUUUACGCCGCGUACGUGAGAGCGGACUGAAUGCAGCAUGAUUCUUUUCUUCACCCCACGGAACGGAUUCCCUCUGCCGCUUCAUUUCUCCUUCCCUCGUUAUUAAAUAAUAAUAAUUGUCGUUGUUCGGCGCUCCCCCUCUGGCCCAGUACAAAAA